AUGACGAUGGACUUGCAGGCAAACCCCAGAGGAAUUCCUCAAGCUCCGUUUGUGGACGAUGUUGCCAAGUUUGUGGCUGAUGGUGACUAUGAAGGUACUCUUCGUAAGUUUCAGGAAAUGAUUAGCAAGUAUCGAUUCAUGGAGACACAUCUGCUGCAACGAAAAAAGAGUCUAGAGUCCAAGAUCCCUGAGAUCAGAAAAACUCAUGAGAUGGUUGUGUUUCUCCAAGCCAAAAAGGAAUCGGAUGAGCCUAUCGAAGCAGAUUUUGAACUUGCAGAAACGCUAUGGACCAAGGCUCGUAUCCCAGCUACUGAAACUGUCAAUCUAUGGCUUGGUGCAAACGUGAUGCUCCAAUAUACUGUUGAAGAGGCAAAAGAUCUUCUUUCAAGCAAACUAAAAAGUGCAACUUUAUCUCUGAAGCAGGUGGAUGAAGAUUUGGAGUUUCUUAAGGAGCAGAUCACGACCAUGGAAGUGAAUAUGGCACGAGUGUACAAUGAUGAUGUGCGUCGCCGCAGAUCAAUCCAAGAGCCUGUAUCAGCAAAAUAACAGUGGCAAUUGUUGUCAUUCCGGCUGGACAUAUGCAUUCGUUAUCCACCUUUAUAAAGAUAUUGUGAACUUUGGCUAAUUGGAUACUUUAAUUAAAUUGUCUUCCCAGAGGUUACUC